GAUUUCUGAAUCUAAGAUGGACAAAGUUAUUAAAUACGCCAAAGAUCUCAAGAAACUUGAGAAAGCCAAGGAUUACAAUAGUUCCUUUGAAAAAUUCAAUGAGUUUAUCAAGAGAGACGCUGGAAAAGCAUUCAAUUUUAUUGUGGGUAUUGAUAUUGCCUCAUACACUGUGCCAAUCACCUACAUCCUGAAUAGUAUCUAUAGAAACAGAGGAGUCAGUGAGCAUAUUAACUUAAAGGAGCUUAUUGUCUUUACAAGGAACUUCCUCUAUGAGUUCAGUAGAGAAGAACUUUGUAGGAGCUCACUAUACAUGCUGGAGUUUUAUCAAUUAGCAGAAAUAUUUGCUUUUACAGUGGGACCACCUGAGUCAGACAGACCUCAUUGGCCCUCUCAUGUUUCAAGUGCUUUCCAUGUUGAUAGACCUUUACUUGGAGUCAAGCCAUUGAGGAGAGCAAUUCAGAAACUCCAGGAGAAGGAUACGCAGUAUACUCCUUUGCAUCCAUAUUUUGCAAUGCUAUGUAUUCACGCAAAAACUUACAGACAGGCUUUGCCAAUUAUUGAGAAGAAACUUCUCAGUGGAUUUGUCAAUGGGUACCAAGAUUUAGAGAGCAUCAUGAACUACAACUAUUACAGAGGAAUUUUAUUCACAGGAUUGGAGAACUACACUGAAGCAAGACAUUGCUUCCAACUUGUACUAGAUACUCCUUACCAGGUGUUGCAUAUCAGCCAGGUUCAAGCUUUCAAAAAGAUCUGCCUAUUAGUAUGGCUCACUUCGACACAUAACAUUCAAGACGAUGACCAUAAAGCAGUGAGACUCGAAAUUAGAAAUAUUCUUCAAUCUAAAGGAAUGCUUGGGAAGCAACUUGAAGAGAUUGCAGAAGAGUACUGUAAAUCUGAGUCUAUCAACAACUUCUUUAUCCAGACAAACUACGAAGCCAUCCUGAAAGAUACUAAUAUGGGGCUAGUUAAGCAAGUUAUUAAGAAAAUCAGGAACGAGAUCCUUGAGUCAAUGACUCAGACGAACACCAUGCUAACUCUCGAAGAGAUUAACGAUAGGCUUCAAGUUCACAGAGAAGUCUGUGAUGCACUUGAAGAAAAGCAUAAAUAGCGAGACUCUAAAGCAAUUGAAAGAUGCCAUCAUGGAAGAUUGUAAGCUUGAAUUGACUUAUGAUGACGAAGACCUAAAUUCUAUCUUGAUAAAGAUGAUUAAGAGUGGCAAGAUCAAUGCCAAGAUUGAUAUGAAGAAGCAAAUUGUUGUUUUCGACGAUAAGCACACCUCAAUAGAAGCCCUUGUAAAGAAGUUAGAAUCCCAAAACGACGAUAUCAUUCAGGUACUCAACGAAGUGGAAAAUACAGACAAAGAACUCUUGCUCCAGAAAAAGGCAGGAAUUCACGAUGCUGAUGGUCAAGACAUGCCUGAAUUCAUGGAUGGAAUGAUGUUCAUGGAUGAUGUUUAAAGGAAGAUAAAU